GACCAACUUUCUCUGAUGACAUAUUUUCAUUAUCACUCUCUCUUCAGAGCCAUUGUGUUUGUAGUGGACAGCGCUAUCUUCCAAAAAGAAGUGAGAGACGUGGCAGAGUUCCUGUACAUCUUGUUAACGGACAAUGUGAUCUCCAGGAACGCUCCAGCUCUCGUGGUGGCAUGCAACAAACAAGAUAUCACCAUGGCAAAAUCAGCUAAACUGAUCCAGCAGCAGCUGGAAAAGGAAAUGAACACCUUGCGGGUGACGCACUCUGCAGCUCUGAGCUCUCAGGACGGCUCUGUGGGCGGCAGUGUGUAUCUGGGGAAAAAAGGCAAGGACUUUGAGUUUGGCCAGCUGCCCCUGAAGGUUGAGUUCCUGGAGUGCAGCGCCCGCGGCAACAAGGGCGAGGAGGGGGAUGCAGACAUUGAGAGUCUGGAGAAGAGCUUGGCUAAACUGUAAAGUCAACAACUUCAACAACCUCAGAUGACCAUCCACCAUCACUUCAGAAAUCAAAGGAGCUGCGAUAUCCAGGUGGAGGAUUUAUUUGACAGAAAUGUCGAAUCAGCCCCAUCUGGCUGGCUGUCGAUGUAAAACUUAAAAGGUGGAACAACCUUUGAAGCAUAUUCAAUCAAAAAACACCAAAAAGACUGAAAGUCAUGCAAAGGAAAUGAUGUAGCAGUUAUCAGGCCCUCUGCAGCGAUGAGACAUGAUUGUGUGCUUAUUCAGUGUAGAGCUUACUGUGAUCCUCCUUCAAGUGCUUCAUUUGGCUUGCUAGAAAAAAUAGUGAAUAGUUGAAAGCAUUUAAGUGUUGUGUAUUUGCUUUUGCUGCAAUUUGAGGUACAUUUACCACAAGCUGUCACAGGUUUUCACCAUUUUUGUUUUAAACUUUGGAUUUAUAAACUGCCUUGUGAUAACCGAUGGGCAUGAAUUGGAUUUAUUCACUUGAGUUUUGUGCCUUCUUCAGGUAAUCUUAUAGAAAAGUGUUUUGCUGGUUAGCAAAGAAAAUGACAGGUUACUUGUGUGAAAGUGUUGUGUGAAUACAGUGCAUUUGCAAGAAA